AUGCCCGAAGAGCUACGUACAGAACCGCUGAGCGACGAUUUGUUUGCAUGGGCAAACCCAAUUGUCCACCAACCAAUCGGAAGCUUCUACAAGCUGGGGCUGGACUCGUACUACUUUCUGCGAUUCAUGUACACGUUGCUCAUUUUGUUUGUUGGGUUGGCAUGCUUGAACAUUCCGAUCUUGAUUCCGGUGAAUUUUCUGGGCGGGGAUGAGCUGACCAAGGGAACAGUUCGUGGGCUGGAUAAGAUCUCAACGUCUAAUAUUUCGGCUCACAACACCAACAAGUACAUGUUCCAUUUUGGACUGGCGUUGUUUGUGAUUUUGUGGUUCCAUUACGUUCUGGUGUACGAACUGAAAGACUGUGUUAAGGAGAAACAAAGGAAUUUGCUUCUAUCAGCAAAGGUUGAUGCCAAAAGAGAAGCAAUGGCUACAAUUCUUCUGGAGAAUGUCCCCAAUGAACUGAAAAAUGAAGAAGCUUUGUCAGCUCUAUUUGAGGCCAUCCCCGGUGGUGUCAAGAAAAUUUGGCCUGUUUUAGACUACAGGGAGCUUGAAAAAUUGGUGGUCCAGUAUGAAAAGUAUAGAACGCUUCUGGAAGAACUCGAAAUCAAUAUCAUCAGGGACAAGACAAUAAAACGGCCAAAGUAUGCACGGAAAAACUUCUACGAGCCCAUACAGUUUUGCGGAAUUCAGUGGACCAUUCCAGGGCUAUGCAAAGUGGUGGAUGCCUAUGAUCAUACUGCUGGACAGAUGCUGUUGCUUGGGGAGCAUAUCAUUGAAAAACAGCACGAGCUCCGCAGAACUAAAAUUAGUGAGUCCAAGCUGAGCAAGGUUUUUGUGCAGUUCAAUCAGGUCAGCUCGGCAUAUCUUGCACGACAAAUACUUCUCACAGGGUCUCCGGGAAAUAUGACGUGCUCUUCGAUUGAGAUUGACCCGGAUAAUAUCAUCUGGCAAAACCUUGUGGACUCUGACCAGCCGAUCCCUAAAACAAUCUGGAAUGCGGCCAUGUUCUUUGUAUCCAUUCUGAUCAUUAUAUGUUGGGUUGUGCCUGUUGCAUUUGUCGGUUCUAUCUCUCAGCUGCCGUACUUGACGGCUCUGAUUCCUACCAUCAGCUGGUUGAAUGGACUGCCAGAGUUCAUAACAGCCUUCAUUGCUGGAAUCCUCCCCACUAUUGUGCUCACCUUUUUAACAUCGGUAGCCAUGUACAUUUUCGAGAUUGUGGGCCAUAAGAGAGGGCAACUGUUGAGACCAUCGCUGCAAUUGAGCUUACAGAAUUGGGUAUUUGUGUUCUUGUUUUUUCAUCUGUUUAUUGUGAUUACGAUUUCCUCUGGGAUCAUUGUGGUGUUGGAACGGUUCUUGAUCAACCCGAGUGCGAUCCCAGCGAUGGUGGCACAGGACUUCCCCAAGGCGUCCAACUUUUUCUUUUCCUUCUUCAUACUGAAGGGACUGACUUGCUUUGGCAAUAGUCUGCUACAGUUUGGCAGGUUUUUAAAUGACGUUUGUGUGGGGAGUCUGUUUGAUAAAACCCCUAGACAACAGUUGAUGCGGCGGAUGAAUAUUCCCAGUGUCAGCUGGGGCCUGACAUACCCGACAUACUCGGUGUAUGGGUCCAUUGGACUGGUGUACUCGGUGAUCUCGCCGCUUAUAUUGGUGUUUUGCUGCAUCAACUUCCUUUUGGAUCUACUGUCGUACAAGUUCUGUUUACUUUACGUGUUUCGGUGCAAGAACGACUCUGAGACGGGAGGUAAGAUAUACACGAUUGCACUACGACAGUUGUACGCGGGUAUAUACAGUCUGGAAGUGUUUCUGAUCGGGCUGUUUUUCAUAGUCAAGGACGACAACGGCGAAAACACAUGUUUCAUGCUUGGCGUGAUGAUGGUGAUUGUACUGGUGAUCACGAUUUGGGCACACGUGACGCUAAACCAGCAAUACGAUAAAUGCCUGGACGUGCUGCCGUUAGAAAUGUUUCAGGAGCUGGACUGCGCAUCGAAAGCGCAGCACGACAUAGACACAGCCUCGUUAUUUUGUCAUCCAUGCUUGCGGUUUGAUCCGUGCAAGCAGGUGAUCUGGAUCCCCAAGGACUCUUAUGGGUACAGCGAGAUCGAGAAGGAGAAGCUGGAGAUACUUGGUCUGAGGGUGUUUGACCAAGGUUGCACGAUUGAUAGCCGUGGUGAGAUAAAAAUUUUAGUUUCACCCCCAGACUUUAUUUUUAAAUAG